AUGGCUCAUAAUCAAGAAUCCACUAAGCUACAUGUCGAGCUUGUUGAGUUGAACAUUAAGUGGGCCGAUUUGCAGGAUACAGUUAAUUCAACAGACGAGCAUGGGUCUGCUUCCAUGGAAAGAAUCAGCAACUUGGAAUAUAUCUUACAUUCCAAGACCGAUGAAGUUGUUGAACCCGAAGAUAAGAGGGCCAAAAUGGAGGAAAGUAUGAGUGGGAAGUCUUUGGAGGAUGUCAAAAAUGGCAUUGAAAAUAUAGAUGACUAUAUUGCCAAAGCUCUUUCUUUAGAUACAACCUUCUUCAAAAAUAUUCAUGCCCAGCCCACUACUUCAUGUUCUUUGGACACUUGCUUCGAGUCCUCAGAAAUUGAAGAGGAAGAGGAAGAGGAAGAAGAAGAGGAAGAGGAUGAUGAAGAUGAAAGAGAAGGAGUUGUGCCCUAA